UUUAUGAGGCAAAGUUUAUAAAAAAGGUUAGAAUGGAACGUCGUUCACAUUUGCACUUACUGAAGAUGUAUAUUAUUUUUAGUGUGAUAUAUAUCUUGUUAUUGAAUUCAUCACCUCAGAAAAUUGUCCGAUGUGUCAAUUUCUAUAGCGAGACAGAGAAAAAAAUGUUUAUAUUGUAAUAUAUAAAAAUUUCUUUGAUGUUCUACGUUAAAAGGGUAAUUUGGUUUUACUUAAGUGUUGCACUCAAAAGUUGGCACUUUUUUGUCAUUUCAAAAACGCAAUUUAUUGAAAAUUGAUUCCAGCCAAUAUCCAUUAAUAAAUUUAAUAUAAAUAAGUUGAAAAUAUACCAGGAAGGUAGUUCAUUAUACUGAAAUGUUCUUAAUGUGUUUACUUUGCGAUUUGCAAGUAACGACGGCAAUAAUAUCGGGGGGUCAUUUAUAAAAUUACUUCUAAAUUAAAAUUUGAAACGUUUUUGCUGGCUGGCAUGGAGUCAUGACCACACGUAUUUAUUUUCUUUGCAGAUUGAACACACGACGGACGUAACGGUCGUGGUAAGCACUGAUUUUAUCAUAAGUUAGCUUCCUCUUAAGUUCACGCAAUAAUGCUUUCAUUGGAUAUGAUACACUGAAAGCGUAAACACCAAAAGAUAAAAUACUUUUUAAUUUUAAGUGUAAGUUUGAUAGUAUUUAUACUCUACUAAAUAUGGACAGAGCAGAUGCAAACGUGGGUAGCACCACCACUCAAGAGACGUUGAACACAACGGCAGCAGCUGGGUGCGGCUGUUUAUAUGGUGGAAAGUGUCGAAGAACUGGAUCAACUCUUGAAGUCUCGUGCUUAUGCCCGAAAGGAUAUGAGGGCAAAAGAUGCCAGAAAAGUGUUAUUGAAUUCAAUACAAGUCCUAAACAACUGGAAAAUCAAGAACUCGUUGCUGGUUGUGUUGUCGCUGGUUUUAUUGUUCUUAUCCUCGCAAUUGUCGGGAUUAUCGUUUGGAGGCGUUAUAGAAAGAUACAGAAAAACAAGAAAAGAAGAACGUCACUUCAGGAAAGCUAUAAGAAAAAGAUGUCGAUCGAAGGGAUUAGUAUAAUCGAUGAAAAAUCUUCAAAUGUCAACAAAUGUCCUUACAAAUGUCAUCCCUUGGGCAGCACUCCUCCGCCAUCUUAUAUAGAAGUCGCCGGGAAGAACGUAAGCGGUAAUGUGUACGUAAACCCGGCUGCAGUUCCUACGGUCUAUACACAACCCAAACCUGAAGUUGACGUUUCAACCAAAUGUCACGAUAAUCCUUUAGUAACCGUAAAAGACGAAUCUAAAAAUACUGAAUAACGUUGGUAUGGUCCCAUCUGGAAUAUUCCUUCACAAUUGCUUGGAAAAAAUUCUAAGUUAUACCUGUAGUUCAACAAUUUAUUAUAUUGCAGUUGUCAGGCCUAAUUAUUUCAGUCAACUGAAAGCGUCAUAAGUAUAUUAUAUUUCAUAUAUAUACUAUAAUUGAAUCAGAGAACACGGAAGUAUUUAGUUCAUCUGAUCGCCGUACUUGUAAAAAAUGAACUUUUACAUUUGCUCUAUUUAUACGCGAAUCAUCUUCAUAUUUUAUUUAUUAAACUGUAAACUUAUUUCUACUUUUUAACCUUUAUUUCAAAUAUGUAUAUCUCACUGAAUAUGAGUUGAAUGGCUCACAAAAGGAAACAAAAUAAUGAAUUUUCUCUGAAAAUCUAAAUUUAACAAUAUGUUGUUUUACUCAUUUUGCUAAUAUAUACAAUAUUAUCAGCAUUUUUAGAUGAAUAUUUUUUCUUCAAAUUUGUCAAGUUGGAAACUUUCACUGAAUAUCACCACAAAGUGAACCGAGAAAUUGACCAAAAAUUUGACUGUAAGAAAUCAGUAAUUGUGAUAACUAUUAAUUGACAACUAUUUCAACUAAAAGUGAAAUUUGUUGAAAGUUAUUUAUAUCGUGAUCAACAUAGAACUUUUUUAGAAGAAUUAUUUUUUGAUCACGUUGCGACAAAACAAAAUUAUAUGGAUAUAUUUAAUCAAUAUAUUUGAUAAUUAACUGCUUAUGACAUACCACCUGUUCUACGAACAUAGCCACCAUUGUGUUUUCUAUGCAUUUUUCAUUGUAAAAUUAUUUCUUUGACGAUGUUCCAAAUAUUAUGCGGGAUAUGAAUGUUGCGGAAUAUGGUACAGUAUAAACAUUUACGAGAAAUAUGGUUGUUGAAA